UGUACACACACAGACAUGUACAUACACACAGACACAUGUACACACACACACAUACAGACACAUGUAUACACACACAGGUACGUACAAACACGCAUACACACAGAUACAUGUACAUACAUAGAAAUACACAUGCGCAGACACAUGUACAUACACACAGACACAUGUACAUACAUACACAGACACAUGUACGUACAUACACACACACAUGUACACACACACACCCCCCAUACAAAGUUGCAGUACUUCGUUGUUCACUCACAGAGCCGGGUACUGCACUCUAGGGGGAGGCAGAGAGCACAGCACACACUCCUUCCUUUGCUUUCACUGCGCUCAGCUAUUGAGCAGUCUGAUGGCUCCCAGUGCCAAUGACAGAUCCGGCCUGAGCUCCGAGCCUGCUCAGCAAGACGGCCCUGGGGGACACACUCGCCCCCACCAUAAUUUCCACUCACCAUUGGCGAGCAGGUGAGUGGAAAUUUCAAGCCCUGUUGUUAGGAUUGUCAUUUA